AUGUCAUAUCUUGAUGAUAUUGAGAGACCUAAGAAUGAGCUUAAUGAUGCUUCAUUCAAUUUCUUAGUGGAACAGUUGUUUUCAAAGCUUGAUGUGGUGAGUAGUGAACAUUUGGGCCCGUUUCCCAAUGUUACUUCUAAGAAGAACUUUAUCAUUGAAUCAUUUAUCCAGCAGUGGAAACAAUUUAUUGGCAAUGAUAUUUUCCCAGCAGCACGAUUAAUCUUCCCUAAUAGAGAUAAGAGACUCUACUUUAUCAAAGAUGUGGUGCUUGCAAGAUUGGUAAUAAAAAUGUUUAACAUACCCAAAAAUUCAAUAGAUUACGAUAAAUUGUUCAACUAUAAGAAGCAUUAUCAUGAUUAUAUGCAUUUAAAUAGAUAUGCAAAUAAGCAUCUAAGGUCAUUGCCAUUGAUUAUUUCCCAAAUUAUUUCUGAAAGACGUGACCCUAGUAAGAUUGUCAAGUCCACAUUCACCAUCAACCAAAUUAAUGAAAUUCUAGAUGAGCUCUGUUCUCCAGAAGCAACCAAGAGUGAGAUACAAAUCGGAAUACUAAAGCCAGUGAUAGAGAAAUUAACUAUUGAAGAGAUCAGAUGGUUCACUACUAUGAUUUUGAAGAAAUCAAUACUUGCAUCAUUCGAAGUUAUUUUCUUCAGGGCAUGGCAUCCUGAUGCUCCCAGGUUGUUUAAUAUAUGUAAUAAUUUGUCAAAAGUGUUUUGGUUGUUAACAGAUCCCGAAAAAAGGCUUGACCCAGAUCAAUUGAAUGUUCAGUUGAUGUAUCCAUUUCUACCACAAUUGUCUCAAAAGCUCUCGAUUUCGUAUGAUCAGUUGUGCAACAAGAUGAAUAAUGAGUUCUUUAUUGAAGAGAAAAUGGAUGGAGACAGAAUGAUUAUGCAUAUGGAAAAUAAUAAGUUUAAAUUUUUCUCCAGAAGGACUAAAGAUUAUACACUAUUGUAUGGGUCAAAUUUACAGAUUGGAUCCUUAACAAAGCAUUUACGUGAUGCUUUCGAUCCUAAGGUUAAAAGUAUUAUUCUUGACGGUGAAAUGGUUGCUUGGGACUACAAAAGGAAUUUAAUAUUGCCAUUUGGUACUUUAAAGGCUUCGGCUGUUCAAGAAGCUGUUCGCCAAUUUACAACGACUGAUGUUUUUGAACAGCAGUCUUCCUGGCCUUUAUUUAUAAUAUUCGAUAUAUUGCAUUUAAAUGGUAAAGACUUAACUAGGUAUCCAUUGUUUUACCGUAAAGAUUUGUUGCAUAAAGUAAUCAAUCCAAUUCCACAUAAAUUCGAGAUCUUACAAUUCAUCAAAUGCAAAGAUGCCAACGACAUCAAGUUAGCAAUCAGAAAUAUUAUUUCAGAACGAAGUGAAGGGAUUAUGGUCAAGAAUACAAAGCUGAAUUACCAUGUUGCUUCAAGAAAUAACUGCUGGAUUAAAAUCAAACCCGAAUAUUUAGAACAAUUUGGUGAGAAUCUUGACUUGGUGGUAAUAGGAAUUAUACCAGGAAUCAAAAACUCAUACAUUUGUGGCUUGAGGGACUCUGAUGAUAAUGAUAUUUUCAAGUCGUUCUGUACUGUCGCAAAUGGCUUUUCCGAAAAUGAAUUUAACAAGAUAGAAAGGUUGACAACCGGAAAAUGGGUUGAGUAUAAGAAGCGUCCUCCGCCGGAUGAUCUUUUAAAGUUUGGUACGAAGAAACCAACAUCUUGGAUCCAUCCGAAUGAAUCAGUAGUUUUGGAGAUCAAGGCGAGAUCUAUUGAUUGCACUUAUUUAAGCACCUACGCGGUUGGGACAACAUUGCAUAACCUUUAUUGUAGAGGUAUUCGUGAGGAUAAACUGUACGAUGAGUGUAUCACAUUAAAUGAAUACAAGGAAAUAAAAUUAAAGUAUUCGAGCGAAUUCAAUAAAUCACAAUCCAUUGUUAAAAAUAGGAAACGAUUCAUUAAUUCUUUUGAAGAAAAACUAACCAAUGAUAAGCGAAGGCAAAUCGAGGUGAUUUCUAAGCUAUUUGGGAAUUUUAAAUUUCUAAUACUUUCCGAUAAGCUAAAUCUUACGGAUAAUGAACGAAUUUCAAUCUUGGAGAUCGGUAAAACUAUCAAAAGAUAUGGUGGUGCAAUUAUUCAUAAUCCUUUGAACCAAUCAGGAGAUAAACAAAUUGUGACUCUUAGUGAAAAACUCACGACCAAAUGUGAGAUCUACUUAAAGAAAGGUUUUGAUAUUAUUAUGCCUGAGUGGGUAUUUGAAUGUAUAAGAAGAAACUCGAUUGUACCUUUGGAGCCUUCAUUCAUCUUGGAUAGUAUAAACCCAACUAUUGUUGAAAAUGCUCGUAAUCAAGUAGAUGGAUUUGGUGAUAGUUAUGUUAUCAAUGUUCGUGAGCCGGUUUUCACGUUCGUCCAAAGACUAAAAAUACCACACUCUUUAUCUAAAGAAAAAUUUCAUGAGUAUACAGAUGAUUUCAUAAAUGAAUUAAAUCGUCAAGAUAUAAGUCUUCCUAUCGGCUUUUUAUUCUAUAAUAUUAAUUUCUACUUAGUUGAUGCCACUACAGUUUGUGAAUGGCAACUGAAAAUACUAGAGAGGAAAAUUGAACGGUUUCAAGGUAAGAUAUCGUCACAUUUACCUGAGUGUUCAUUUAUUAUUGUCUCAAACGCUUCAAAUCAAGAUUCGCUGUUGAGAGACGAUUUGUUGUCCAGGGUCAAUUCCCUCAGUAAAGAGAUUAGUCAGUCUGUUGAUUUCGGUACCCAAGGUAUGUCCAAGAUUCCUAGAGUAGUAAAUGAGACUUUUAUUGAUCAAUGCAUAAAGUACAACGUAUUAGUUGACCCUCAAGACCAUCUAUUUGUUUAG